AUGGCGUCCCCACUGCAGCUGGUGAAGGGGAAUGGGGAAUUCAAUGCGAACGGACUGAAGGAAUUUGUUCGGAGUAGUAAGUUGGAGAACUGCGGGUUGAGGUACGCGGUGGUGGCGAUCAUGGGGCCGCAGAGCAGCGGGAAGAGCACGUUGCUGAAUCACCUGUUCAACACCGACUUCGUUGAGAUGAACGCGGCGAAAGGGCGGAGACAGACGACGCAGGGAGUGUGGCUGGCGAAGGCGGUGGGAAUGACGCCCGACACCCUGGUUAUGGACAUGGAGGGCUCAGACGGAGCCGAGAGGGGGGAGGAUGACACGAAGUUUGAGAGGCAAAGCGCGCUUUAUGCGAUUGCCGUGUGCGACAUUGUGAUCAUUAACAUGUGGCACCAUGACCUCGGCCGCGAGAACCCGGCCAGCAGGCCGCUGCUGAAGGCCAUUUUCGAGGUGAUGCUGCGCCUUUUACCAGAACGAAAGACGACGCUUAUGUUCGUGAUCCGUGACAAGUCGCGCAAGGUGCCGAUGGAGAUAGUGGACUCAGACUUGCGCCAAAGCCUCCAAAUGCUGUGGGACAUGGUGCCCAAGCCUGAGGAACACAAGCAAAGUCCUUUGAGCGCCUACUUCAACGUGCGUGUGACAUCUCUGCCAAAUUACGAAGAUCGGAGAGAGGAGUUCAUGGAGGAGGUUGCGGAGCUCAGGAAGGGUUUCCAGAAUUCGACUGAAAAGGGAGGACUGGCAGCUGAUCGCAGUUGUGCUGUGCAUAUAACAUCGUUCCCGUUCAAUAUCGAGAAGAUUUGGUUCAAGAUCGCAGAGGAGAAGGAUCUAGACCUGCCCACACACAAGAUCAUGGUGGCCACCUACAGAUGUGACCAGAUUGCGAAGGAGAAGCUCCAAAGUCUGUCGUCGGACAGUACGUGGCAAUCUUUGGAGCAGGAGGCGCAAAACGGUAUUGUGGAAGAAUUUGGAAAGCGUACAGAUGCUGUAGUCGGGAAGCUCUUGGACGAGUACAGCGCCGAGUCCCGAAAUUUUGACGAAAAGAUUCGGAAAACUAAGCAGAACUCGUUGACAUCUGAUAUGUGGAAUCGUAUUCAGCAUGCUUACUCUGAUCAGAUCAAGCAUCGCCGAGAUCAAGCCUGGGAGACAUUCCAGUCGAAAUUUGAUUCUUGUAUUGAAACGUAUCAUACAGAGCAGGAUUUGACCAAUUUGUGCAGAGCAGCGUUGGAUUCGUUCCAUCGUGAAUGUGAAGGUGAGCGUUGAAGAUCCCCCCUUCGAUUGAUGUCACUUGUGUUCUCGAUAACAAUCUUUUGCUUUUGCUUUCUGUCAGGCUAGAAAAUGACCAACUUGAUCUCGUUUUCUCACAGUUGAUGGUGCAGCACCCUGAAGAGUCCAGGUUUUCAGGAUGCUGCACGAUCUGAGUUGCAGUAGAGCAAGAGUAUCAUACAGAGACUUUUUGUAAA